AUGACGGCUAGCAGAUAUUCCCCGGUUUUGGAGACCAGUCGCAUCUUCUCCGACCUCUGCGAGCAAUCAGAGCGCUUCAGUCUACCAGCCGAUGUGCUUGCCAACAAAGACCGUGUCUCAUUCUCUACUAGCCACAAUGAGAUCUACUUCCCCAUUCCAUUCAAGGAAACGGAGACUCUGGCUGCGCUGAAGGGUAUUGAAGGCUCUGUGGCAGCUUCAAUUGCGGAUUUGCGCUUCGGUGCUGGCGCCGAGCCUCGCGGCGUGCAAGUUAGUUUGGAGGCUGCUACUGCGUUUGGUUGCCAAGCAUACAUGGCUAAGGUUGAUGGCCUGUCGAAACUAGACCCCAACGUCAAGUCAAAGUUGAAGAACACCGACUUGCUGGCUGCCCAGUCAAACGGUUACCGACGUAUGUCGGCCAAUCUGUACAAGACCAAGACCCCCGGGGGGUUCUUCCACAUCCAUGGAUCGUUAGAGGCUACAACCACCUUGAACAUGAUCGGGCUAGAGGGCCAGCGACCAGACCUCACAGACUACGAGGAGAUCAUCAAAGUGAUCGAGGAGAAGACUCAGCAAUAUACAGUCGCAGAGCUGGAAGAGAUGAACAAAGCGCGACGCCAGGCUGGUGUCACUGCCUACAAAUACGACGACUUCAUCAAGACCCCUCACGGUAAACUGAACGUUGAAGAGCCAGCUUGGAAAGUCACCAAAUUGCCCGGCGCUUUGCCACCAACGCCAUUCCCAGACAGCCACACCGGCAACAAGAAGAUUCUCCAGGGCGUCAAGGUUCUCGAGAUGUGCCGCAUCAUUGCGGGACCGACUGUCACUCGUAUCCUGGCCGAGUAUGGUGCGGAUGUCUUGAAGAUCACGAGCCCCAGUCUUUCAGAUGUCCCUUUCUUCCAGGUUGACGGAAACAUGGGAAAGCACGCCGCCGACCUCGACCUCAAGAGUGAGGCUGGACGAAAAGAGUUUGAGAAGCUCUUGGAUGAUGUUGAUGUUAUCGUCGAUGGUUACCGACCCGGUGCACUGGAUCGACUCGGCUACGGAGCCGAAGCCAUGGCCGCCCUUGCCCAGAAGCGCGGGAAGGGUAUCGUGUAUGUGAAUGAGAACUGUUUCGGAUACGAUGGCGAGUGGGCUGGUCGUGCUGGAUGGCAACAGAUCGCCGACUGCGUUACGGGAAUUGCAUGGGCCCAAGGCCAGUUCAUGGGCCACUCCACCCCUGUUGUUCCCCCUUUCCCUAUCUCCGACUACGGAACUGGCUGUAUGGGUGCCAUUGCGGCGCUGACAGGUCUCUACCACCGUGCUAAGACAGGUGGCUCUUACCAUGGCAAAGCUUCCUUGAUGCAUUACGAUCUCCUGCUCUUCGCUAUGGGUCAGUACCCAACCGAUGUGCAAGAGGAGCUUCGCAAAGCGCAAUCAGCAGAUUUCUUCAAGCUGCGCCACUGUGACAGUGUUGAUCGCAUCUCAUCCACUGUUCUCAGGAGCAUGCAACAACGGUUCCCCCACUUGUUUAAAGCUGCGGGCGAGGAGUCAGAAGGUCGUAAGCCGCUGACAGAGCUUUGGUCUUCACGCGCGUAUGGAUCCGAUAUUGAGAUUGUGACGCCUGUUGCUGUGAUCUCAGGCGUAGAUAACCAAUUCGUGCGUGCCAGCCGCCCAAAUGGGUCUGAUCGGGCUACUUGGGAUGAUUUCAACAUUCUGGAAGAGGAUGCGAAGAAGUGCUAA